AUGGUGGCUGAUGUUGGUCGAUGGUGGUCGCGACGACGACGGUGGGUGGUGGUGGUCAACGGUAGUGGGAGGUGGCUCGGAGGACGGUGGGUGGUGGUGGUCAACGGUAGUGGUCGGGGUGGCGGUGGCUGGUGGUGGCGGGAGGCGGCGAUGGUGGUCGAUGGUGGUGGUGGUGACGACGACGGUCGGUGGUGGUGGUCGACGCGUGGUGGUCGAUGGCGGCGGGCGGUGGGCGGCGGGCGGCGGUGGCGGCAGGCGGCGGAGGACGGUGGUGGUGGUCGGCGAAGGUUGGUGGCGGGUGGUGACGACGACAGGUGGUGGUGGUGGCAAAUGGUGGAGGUGGUGGCAAAUGGUGGAGGUGAUGGGCGGUGUUUGUGA